AUCAAAGUGGUGGAUCCGAAGACUAAGCAGUGCAAGGUGCUUGCAGGCACAGGGAAGGCUGGGAACGGACUUGGCCCGAGCUUUCUGGAGUCCAGCUUCAAUGAACCCGGAGGCCUGUGUCUGGGUGAAGAAGGAAAGCUGCUGUAUGUGGCGGACACCAACAACCAUUGCAUCAAAGUCCUGGACCUGGAGACCAAAACUGUCUCUUUGUUUCCCAUUGUAGUUCAGCAAGAGGUUGAUGCUGUCCUCACAACCGCCACUAGCAACACACCUGCGGUCAGAAAGCUUCCCAAGCUUCCCAAAUCAGCCCCAGUCUUUACAAUGCCAUCAAUCACAGUUCCUUCAGGACACUCAGUGACACUUUUGCUGAAAUUGGCACUACCGGCUGGGACCAAGCUGACCGAAGAAGCCCCUAGUUUCUGGAGCUUAUCUGCAGAAGGUAAUGAGUGGUUACUGGAAGGGCGAACUGUGACGGGGAGCAUCAGUGAUCUCUCUGAACCCAUCUCGAUCGUCUCAUCAAUCCCAGUGGCCCCUGCGUCCACAGACCCCACGCUGACGCUCGACGCCUGGGUCUACUGCUGCCUUUCUGAGGCUUGUAUGAUGAAGGCAGUGUCCUUCAAACAGCCUCUUCUGAUUGGUUCCACAUCUGAGGAAGGUUCUGUUGCUGUGAUGCUUGAGCAUGCCUUUUAAAACAAGUGUCCACCCAAAGGAUCUUGGAGCACAUUUAAAGGGAUACUUUACCCAAAAAUGAAAAUUCUGUCAUCAUAUACGCAUCCUCUUGUUGCUCCAAAACUGUGUGACUUUCUGUCUUCUGUGGAACACAAAAGAAGAUAUUUUGAAGAAUGUUGGUAACCAAACAAUUUCAGUUACUGUUGACUUACAUUGUACGGACAAAAAUUACAAUGCAAGUCAGUGGGAAAUCAGUUUUGAUACCAUCAUUAUUCCGAAUAUCUUCCUUUAUGUUCCUCAGGAGAAAAUAAGUCAUAGAUGUUUGAGGGUGAGUAAAUGUUGACAGAAUUUUCAUUUUGGGUCAUC